AUGGUUGUGUUAUUACCAUUAUAUAUUCAAAAAUAUAUAAUUAAAAUUUUAUGUAGAUAUAUAGAUAAAAAUAAUAAAUCAAUUGAUUAUGUUGGUGGUGACUAUAGAGGGAAUGAAAGUCAAAUUAAAAGAUUAAUGUUAACAUUGGCAUUAGUAUCUCAAGAUUGGUUUAAAACUUUAUCAAAUAAUUUAACUGUAUCAGUUGAUUUUAAUUAUACAAAUUUAAAUCAUAAUAAAAAUAAUAAUAAUAAUAAUAAUAAUAAAAAUGACAUUGAUUUAAAAUAUUCAAUAAUUAAAAAAGAGAAUUUAAAAACAUUGAAAUUACAUUUCGAUCAUCAAGGUUCAUUCUUUUAUAUUAAAGAUAUUAGUAUUUAUGAAAAAGAUAAAAAACAAUCACCAAAAGAUAAUGAUAUUUUUGAUGACGAUAAAUCUGAUGAAAAAAUAAUAGAAUUGGAUAUAGUUAAUAAAGAAUUAGAAAAAUUAUCAAAAUUAAAAACAACCAUACCAUCAACUUUAUCAUUAUUAGAAAAUCAAAAACAACAACAACAACAACAAACAAUUAUAUUUAAAAACUUAAUAUUAAGAAAUAUAUCAUCAUCAAACGAGACUGAAGAUACUGAUAUUUUACAAUCACUUUAUCGAUGUGAAGCGACUGAUGGUAAUAUUCAUCUAUUAGAAUUAGAUUUAAAUCCAAUUUUUACAUUUAAAUCUUUAAAUAAAAUAAAAAAACAUGUUAAAAAGGUAUUUACUUUGAAAAUUAAUUCAUGUUUUGAUAAUGAACUCAUUAUCGAAUCAUUUAAACAAUAUAAAAAUUCAAUUGCUCAAUUAUUCAUUAUAAAAUAUACUUCUCAACAAGAUAAAAUGCAAUUAUUUCCAAUAUUAGCUGGUAUUAUACCUUUUAAUAAUAAUAAUAAUGAAGAAAAUAAGAAAUAUAAUGAAAAAAUUAAUUAUUUAGAAAAUAUAGAAUUUUUAAAAAUAUUUUCAAUGGAAGUUUCAUUAAAAGAUUUAGAAUUAAUUUUAAAUUAUUCAAAGAAAGUAAGUCAGCUUAAUCCUUCAAAUUCAAUGGAAGUGAAUGAGGAAUUCAAUAAAAUUGGACUCUUAAAAGAAGCCUUGAAAAAUAAUAAAACCCUAAAAAGUUUAGAAUUCUUUCAUGAAUGUUAUGCAUCUCAAAUACUACUAUGUAAACAAUCACCAUCAAAAACAUUUAUUGAAAGAUUUUCAUCACUAAUUUCAUCAAGCACAUCAAUGGAAUCAUUUGGUACAGGUAUUAACUGUCCACAAUUAAUAGAGAGAAUUUUAGAACAAAAUAAAACUAUCACUGAUUUUUCUGUCAGUAUAGUUGAAGUUAAUGGUAGACCCGAUAUGAUUCAACCGUAUCAAUCAUUAAUCGAUAAAAAUAAGCAACAUCUAAAUAGUUUAAAAUUAGUUAAAUUUGUUUUCAAUUAUGAAACUGAAAAUUUCAAUCCAGUAAUUUUAUUGGAUUAUAAAAAAUAA